AUGAUCAAAGCCGCCCCAGGUCGACCUCUGCGCCUGGGCGUGCUCAGCAUGGCCCGCCGACCCAAACGCCUGAGCAGCAGCAUGAGAGUGGUUUCUCAGAGCGGAGACAGUGUGAGGGACAGUGGAGGAGGUGUUUUGGGAGAGGAGACAGACGUGAAGGAGCACCUGUUCGAAGUGUUGAAGCAGUAUGCAGCCGACAGAGACGUGGAGAGUUUAGCUGAAGCUCUGCCGGACAUCCUCAUCACAGAGGAGCACCAGCAGCUCAUUGACAGCGUAAGGAUCGUCAUCCCCAAGAAACACCGGGAGCGCUUCGAUGAGGUUGUGUCUCAGAAUCUGACGAGCCAAGUGAAAGGGCGCAGCUUCAGUGACCCCAGCCGCAGUCACGUUCGUCGCAGCCGUAGCGACGACGACCCAGAGCGCCUCCUUGUGUCCACCAGGGCCAGUUCAGUGCCCCGUACCCACGCAGAGGAGGGUGCUCCAGCUCCCUCCAGAGGCAUGAGGAAGACCAACUACUUCUCUCAUCGCUGGACACUCCGGCUCCUCAACCAACUGCAGGGUCGCACCUUUGGACAGCAGUUGGAACACCUUCUGACCAUCAAGGAGCGCUACACUAUCUGCAAAGGUCUGGAGAAUUUCUUCCAGCAUAGAAUACAGUAUAUUUUCUAUCCUGCAGUUCCCCCACCUCCUCCUCCUCCUCCUCCUCCUGAAGAGGAGUCUGAGGCGGCCCCUGAGCCUCAGCGCCGCAGCAGCUCCAUGAGAGUGACGGGAAACACCUACAAGAGCAGCGUGAGAGGACGCUAG